AUGGCGCAUUUAAAGAAGUUCCUAGGUAUUUUCAUAACAUAUUUUGUGAUAACAAUUUGUGAUAGUGCUAAGAUAAACACGCCAAGAGUAUUACUGCCAUGGUUCGAAAAUUUGAAUGUGAACUUUACUUUUGAAAUUAUUGAAGGUGGUUGUUAUACUUGGAGUUUAUCACGGGAUGACAUCAUCGAUAUUGAGCCCUUACACGACGAUACUUGGGGCCACUGUUCCCGCUCUGCACGAGUAUCAGUGUCUAAAACAAGUGUACCACCUGGAUUGGUCAUAAUUUUAGCUGAAGAUGUAACUACUGGUGAAAUACUACGCGGAGAUGUGGAUAUCGAUAAAAUAAAUUCUUUAAAAAUUCUAAGUACUACUAGAGAUCUUUAUUUAGAAGAAGCACCUGAAGCUUUUGAAGUCGUAGCGUAUGAUGAAACAGGUAAUAAAUUUACAACAUUGGAAGGAGUAAACUUCACAUGGACAAUAAGAAAUGUUGGAAACAAUCAAGAUCAAGAGCCACUAGUGGUCCUUGUUCGAUGGAGUGAUACAGAUUACGAAGCACCUAAAGGAGUAGCUGAGCUAGAAUCUCAAGGUUUACAUUCUUAUUCAGUGCUGUUAUAUGGACAAGCCAUGGGUGAAGCAUUAGUGACAGUAUGUCUUCAACAUAUAUGUACUGAUUUGAACUUACGAGUUGUAGCAAGCGUAGUUUUACUUCCGGCAACUGCGUUUAUUGUUCCUGGUGAUACAUUACAUUAUAAGGUUGUAAGGGCUCAGGCUGGACGCUUAAAUGUACAAGACAUUGCUGAUACAUUAUACAACAUUAAAGUUCCAGACACUUCAGUAGCUAUUCUUGAGGACAACAUAAGUCUCGUCCGUGGCACUCAAAUCGGCACAUCCUCGGUUUAUCUAAUGUCUGGGGCUACAAAUGUUGCUACAGCUACCCUAUCAGUUGUAGAACCAUAUUCAAUUAGAGUUACGAUCAGACCAUCAAACAUUUUGGUUCAUGGGGAAGUUUUUGUUAUACAUUGUGUUGUUUUCGAUGAGGAUGGGCAUGCUAUAACAGCAGGUCAAGAAAUGUUGAUAAGAUUAUCAGUGGAUGGUGAAGCUAAUGUCGAUUUAAUACAAUCAACGGAAAAUGGAACAAUAACUGAUGCAAUCGCUCAAAAUGCAGGUGAUUUUACUGUGACUGCUCGAUUGUAUUCUAUUGCUGGAAGGACCACAUCGAAGAAGAUUGAAGGACAAGUGUCUGCAGUGGUUGUAGAUCCUUUAGAAAUAGUGCCACCAGAACUUUUUGUUGCUUGGACAGAUACAAUACAAGAUAUUCAACUUAAUCAUCGUGGAGGGGGCAAUGAAGAGGUUACAUGGUCAGAAAGUGAAACGUCCAACUCGGCACUAUCACUCGACCCUUCAGGAUUGCUAAAUGUUCGUGGAGAGGGACAAUUGGAUGUACGAGUGCAUCUCACUAAAUACCCUUACAUACGGGCUACUGGCAGAGUGGUGUCGGCCGCGCCGGAGCUGCUGCGCGUGUCGAGCUCGGGGCGCGCGCGCGCGGGCCGGCCGCACGCGCUGCACGUGGCGCUCGUCGCCGCGCACCCCGCCUCCGGGCUGCUCUAUAACUUCCACCGCUGUAAUUGUGGCUCUUUUGCUGUGUCUGUAUUGGAGGGUCCUGAACCACAAAAUAUUACUUCGGCAACUUGGAUUGAACCUGUAGAAGGCGCGUGCUGCGUGCUGGAGGCGCGCUGGGCCGCGCGCGGCGUGUCGACGCUGCGGGUGGCGCGCGGCGCGGCGAGCGACCGCGCGCGCGUGGCCGUGCGCGCCGCGCCCGCGCUGCUGUGGCCCGCGCGCGCCGUGUUGCUGCUCGGGGCCACGCUGCCGGUGGUGGCAGAUGGUGAAACGCUAUCCGCCGUGUCGACUGAGGCUCGUAUAGCGACGCUCGUAACCCGUGAUAAGGCACCUCCCAUACGAUAUCCCGACGCACAACUCUUCACCGUUUCUUGUCGGAGGAAAGGCGACACGCACGUGGAGCUGGUGUCGCAGUUCGGGCAGGAGCGCGAGGCGGCGCGGCUGGACGUGUCGUGCGCCAGUCACGUGGCGCGCGCGCGCCUCGAGCCGCCCGACGCGCCCGGGAACUGCUCGGCCGGCCCGCGGAUAUGGCUCCGUCCAGGACAAGAAGUCCAAGUAAAAGUGACUCUUUUAGACGCUAUAGGAAGGGAGAUAUUAGAUGAGCAAGGACCAAGUGUAUCUUGGGACAUACAACCUAAUCAUGUUGGAGUGGAAUAUAGAUCUAGUGACAGAUUGUUUGUGGAAACUAACCCUGAGUUUGCUCCUGUACCCGUGCCUCAGAAAUACUAUCAACUUGUAGCAGCUACUGAACAAGCUAUAGGGUGGAGUGGAGUGCUCAAAGCUACUAUUCCUGACACCACUGCUACUAUACCAGUUAAAGUUGUAGCACCUCUAAAAUGUGACUCAGUAAAGGUAAAUAUAGCAUGGGAAAGCGAAUCAGUUCCUAAUAUAGCAACGAUAACGGGAGGAAGUGGGAAAUACGCGGUAGAGGUACCCAAAGGAGUGACAGCUACUGUGGAAGGCGGCGUACUGUCGGCAAAUGUGCCAGCGCCUGGGAGCUACGACCUACAAGUGAUAGACCUUUGUGUCAGUGGCGAAAAACUAAUCAUUGAGGUAAACAUAGAAGAAGUUCUAAGCGUGGAAGUGUCAACAGCUCGUGCGGUGUGUGUUGACGCUUGUGUAUCCAUCAGUGCCUUAGUGAAGGGGAUAUCAUACAGAUACUUGAGUAGUACUAAAGAGCCGGAGUGGAAGACUACUGGACAAAUAUUCGUGAAGAAUGGAAGCCUGUGCGGCAUGAAAGAAGGUUCUGGAAGAGUCCGCGCAUCACUUGGUGGAGUUUGGAGUCCUGAAGUUGAGGUGGCGGUGUUCCCGCCGUUGCGCGCUGAGCCCGAGCGUGCGCGCGUGCCGGUGGGCGGGCGCGUGCAGCUGCGGCGCGGCGGCGGCCCGCCCGCGCACCUCGCCGCGCCGCGCUACCGCCUCGCCGCCGGCGGCGACCACGCACUCGUGUCGUCAUCAGGUCUAGUACAAGGCGUAUCUACUGGAACAGCGCGUGUUAAAUUGGUCGCCUUGGAUAUAACUAAUGUUGAAAUUGCCAGUGCGGAAGCUGAAAUCGAAGUGGUACCAAUUACUAAUCUUCGAGUUCGAGCGGCUACUCAAACGCUACUAGUGGGUCAACCGGGCCCCGUGUGGGUUCAUUCGGAAGGAUUGUCGGCCGCCGCGCUAAGCACCCUGCAACCCCCUCCUCGCGUUACGUGGGGUUUACGCGACCCCACUUCAGCGCGAUUAUACACUACCCAUAUAGACGAUCUCUUAGAAAGGUCAGUCGCAGAAGGAUUAUCAGUUCGUCUUGUUCCUUUAAAGCCUGGUGUCAUCACUCUUGACGUGAGAGUAAGAAAUAUGGGACAGAUGGCUGAAACAAGAUCCUGGGAUAGCACAAUAGAAAUUCUCGGUAUAUCGGACAUACGUGCAUCAGUUGAAGGGCUUUCUCGAGACUUAGUGCCUGGUGACCGCUUGUCACUGGCUGUUGGCGCAAUGGUUCGCUUGAAGUCAUUACCUAGAGGAACCUGGUCUGCUUAUGAGGACGGUGCCUUCGAAAUCAAUGGCAAUGGAGAAGUGAGGGCUAUAAAGCCUGGACAUGGUGUGAUCGUAGUGAAACACAAGGAUGACAGAAAUAAUAUUGACAGAGAGACGGUGGUGCACGUGGAGGUGCAAGUGCCGCAGUACUGCACGGCGAGCGCUGCGGGCGAGGGCGACGGCGUGCGCCUGGUGCUGCGCGGCGCCGCGGGCCGCGCGCUGCUGGCCCCGCAGGCGCACGCGGCCCUCGCGGCCCACUCGGCCCACGCGGCCCACAGUGCAUUAGGCAAUGAAUUGGUGAUAACAGGUCUGGAAGCCACUGGAGCGUUCAUGAGCUUCCAGAGCACUAUUGGAGGAGUGACUGUCAGUGACGAAGUUUGGGUGACUCCUUCUGAUGUGAGCACCAACAGGAUUGUAGCGACAGGCAGCUGGGCGAUAUGCUUAGAAGGCGUGGGGUGGCGGGCUCCCCCGCGCGUGAGCCUGUACCCGCGCGCCGGGAUCACUCUGGCCGUUCUGGACGGAGACGAGCCCGCCAGCCACACGCUGCGUCUGGAGCGUCCGCCCAGCACCUGGGUCGUACAACAGACGUCUGUGCAACACAUGGAAUUCCUAGCCGGCGAGUGGCCUUCCUCUCUCGUGCCUUUAUCUAUUCAAGGAAACAGAGUUACGUCUGGUCCACUGCUCUGUACAGAAGAACAGAAAUACAUGCUAGAUGGAAUAAAAGUGGAACUGCCAUACUCAUGUCAUACCAAAUCACCCCACACUGCCGAAGCUGUACUAGAUAUACCCAGUGGCCAACUCGGAUGCUCAAUAAUAACAGCAAAUCAAAUAACAGAAGCCUCAGAAGUGGAGCUUUGCGCGGAGUGGGGAGUUUCCCGAACUUGUACUAAAGUUCAACUUUUACCUCCAAUUAAGCUAUCACACAGCAAAGUAUCCCUUCUAAACCCACCUACAACGUUUACAAUAAACGGACACCCACAGGCCUUAAAACUAGUUAGAUUAACUACAUCACCGGGAUUAAAAGUGGAUGUAAAUACAAAUGAUGGCGAAAUUAAAGUUCUAGUUAAAAGUGAAACAGCAACGUGCGGAAUGGGUUGGGUUAAUGUGAUAUCAAAAUUAACAUCUCAAGAGGUUAAAGUUGAAGUGGAGAGAGAGUGUGAUAUCGCGUGUGGUACAUUACUGGGAGCAUUGUUUACACUUAUAUUGCCAUAUUUGCCUACUUUGAUAACUGUUAUUGCUGUAGCAGCUGGAUAUUUAUAUGUGCAAUCAAGAAUGAACGGAAAAGUUCAAAUCCGGAUGCCAAUGGAGCCAAAUCAGACGGUGAUACCAGAAACGCCUCCGAUGCGGACUCGAACAUGGUCUCGCAGUCCCUAUGCGGCUAUGGGACCCUCGACCCCAGUAUAUGGAGACACAAGUGUACUGCCCGAUGCUAGUUUCUCACCAAACUCCACAAGGACACACUCAAGAUUCCUCUAG